CAGGCAGGUUUUAAGCCUGGCCCGCUGCGGUCGAACCCCUCCGAAACCCAGGCAAGGGGCCGCCCCUCACCGCCCGGAGAGUUGAUAUGCAAAGCAGUUACGUCAGAUGUGGGGGCGGGGCACACCCGGUUGACGGGCAGCCCGGGUCCUGCCGAGGGAGGAGGCGCGAGAAUCAGCCUGCUUCAGGGAGUGAGACGAACUGGACGUGAGCGGAGCUGGUGCUGUCCACAGCGUGUCGGUGCUGAACCCGGGCUGUGCGCGCCUCGCCUGCGUGGGCACCGGGAGGCAACGCCCACGGGAGCCCUCUGUGCCCGGUGGGACCCGCGCCACCAGCAGGACCCAUUUAACUUGACAAAGGAGUGCGACUCGGACGUGGGAGAGACUCCUGUGUUUGCAAUCUGGGCGCCCACUCAAGCGUGACUUCGGAGAUUUCUGUAGUUUUAACUCUAAGUAUUUUGAUUUUUUUUUUCCAACCUAAGACGGUUUUUCAUCAUCAUUAUUUCUUCUUCUUUUUAAAACUGUGACUCGUAUUUCCACAACGUUUAGGAGUCUUUUUGGGGACUUUAUUUUUGUUGACUUAAGGUGAAAAUCAAUAAGGAUGUUUAAGAGCUGGUCAGCCAUUUUGAUUCUUGGAUUCAUCCUUCUGGAGUCCGAAGGGAGGCCAACAAAAGAAUCAGGAUAUGGCCUUAAAUCCUAUCAGCCUCUCACAAGACUACGGCACAAGGAAAAAAGUCAAGAAGGUUCAAGAAUCAAAGAACUUCUGAUUCAGGACGGACCUUUUGGAUCUUGUGAGAAUAAGUACUGUGGCUUGGGGAGGCACUGUGUUAUCAGCAGAGAGGCACGACGUGCAGAGUGUGCCUGCAUGGACCUUUGCAAACAGCACUACAAACCUGUGUGUGGAUCGGAUGGGGAAUUCUAUGAAAACCACUGCGAAGCACACAGAGCUGCCUGCUUAAAAAAGCAAAAGAUCACCAUUGUUCACAAUGAAGACUGCUUCUUUAAAGGAGACAACUGCCUGGCCACUGAGUACAGCAAGAUGAAAAGUAUGCUUUUAGAUUUACAAAACCAAAAGUACAUUACACAAGAAAAUGAGAAUCCUAACAGUGAUGACAUAUCUAGGAAGAAGCCGUUGGUGGAUCAAAUGUUCAAGUAUUUUGAUGCAGACAGUAAUGGACUUGUAGAUAUUAAUGAACUAACUCAGGUGAUUAAACAGGAAGAACUCUACAAGGACCUUUCUGACUGUUCUUUGUACGAUCUGCUUAAGUAUGAUGACUUCAAUGCUGACAAGCACCUUGCUCUUGAAGAAUUCUACAGAGCAUUUCAGGUGAUCCAGUUGAGUCUGCCUGAAGAUCAGAGAGUCAGCAUUACUGCAGCCACUGUGGGACAAAGUGCUGUUCUGAGCUGUGCCAUUGUGGGAGCUCUGAGACCCCCUAUCGUAUGGAAGAGGAACAACAUUGUUCUAAACAAUUUGGAUUUGGAAGACAUCAAUGACUUCGGUGAUGAUGGGUCCUUGUAUAUCACAAAGGUAACCACAGUUCACAUGGGAAAUUAUACCUGUUACGCAGAAGGCUAUGAAAAUGUCCGUCAGACACACAUCUUCCAAGUGAAUGUUCCGCCAGUCAUCCGGGUGUAUCCAGAGAGUCAGGCCAGAGAACCUGGAGUAACUGCCAGCCUUAGGUGCCACGCGGAGGGCAUUCCAGACCCUCAGCUUGGCUGGCUCAAGAAUGGGAUUGACAUUACCCCGAAGCUCUCCAAACAGCUCACACUCCAAGCGAACGGCAGUGAGGUCCACAUAAGCAAUGUGCGCUAUGAAGAUACGGGGGCUUACACGUGCAUCGCCCGGAAUGAAGCAGGCGUGGAUGAAGACAUCUCUUCUCUUUUUGUGGAAGAUUCUGCUAGGAAGACGCUAGCUAACAUAUUAUGGAGAGAAGAAGGUCUGGGAAUUGGAAACAUGUUCUAUGUUUUUUAUGAAGAUGGAAUCAAAGUAAUACAACCCACAGAAUGUGAAUUUCAGAGGCACAUUAAGCCCAGUGAAAAGCUCCUUGGAUUUCAGGAUGAAGUCUGUCCGAAAGCUGAAGAGGAUGAAGUGCAGAGAUGUGUGUGGGCUUCUGCUGUGAAUGUCAAAGACAAGUUCAUUUAUGUCGCUCAGCCAACUUUGGAUAGAGUCUUGAUUGUUGAUGUACAGUCCCAAAAAGUUGUUCAGGCAGUGAGCACAGAUCCUGUACCAGUUAAAUUACACUAUGACAAGUCACAUGACCAGGUCUGGGUUCUGAGCUGGGGCAGCAUGGAGAAGACAUCACCAACUCUACAGGUGAUAACCCUGGCCAGUGGGAAUGUGCCGCACCACACCAUCCACACACAGCCAGUUGGCAGGCAGUUUGACAGAGUGGAUGACUUUUUCAUUCCCACCACGACGCUUAUUAUUACCCACAUGAGGUUUGGAUUUAUUCUUCAUAAAGAUGAAUCUGCACUACACAAAAUUGAUCUUGAAACCAUGUCCUACAUCAAAACAAUUAACCUGAAGGACUCAAAGUGCAUCCCUCUGUCCUUGGCAUACACUCACCUGGGAGGAUAUUACUUCAUUAGCUGCAAGCCUGACAUCACCGGAGCCCUUCCACCCCAGCUUGUGGUGGACAGUGUGACUGAUUCUGUCAUUGGCUUCAACAGCGAUGUGACAGGCACCCCUUACGUCUCUCCAGAUGGACACUAUCUUGUCAGCGUGAAUGACGGGAAAGGUCUUGUGAGAGUCCAGUAUAUCACCAUCAGAGGAGAAAUCCUGGAUGCUUUUGACAUCCACACCAACCUGCACAUCUCUGACCUGGCCUUCCAGCCAUCCUUCACAGAAGCCCACCAGUACAACAUCUAUGGCAGCUCAAGCCAACAAACAGAUGUGCUCUUUGUGGAGCUUUCUUCUGGUAAGGUCAAGAUGAUCAAAAGCCUCAAAGAACCUCUCAAGGCAGAGGACUGGCCCUGGAGCCCAAAAAACAGGCACAUCCAAGGCAGUGGCCUAUUCGGACAAUACCUGAUGACCCCCUCCAAAGAUUCUCUCUUCAUCCUGGAUGGCCGCCUUAAUAAAUUAAACUGUGAGAUCACUGAGGUUCAGAGAGGAAACACCGUUGUUUGGGUUGGAGAUGCAUAAGGAGCCCUAUUACCUGAUUAUGAAGGAAGAGUUUUACAGUACCUUGCACUUGAUACAUAUUUAAAUUACAGCUUAACUUUUCCAAGUUUAUAACCUAGUCAAAAUCCCUUUGUUGGCUAAAUAAGCUGUUCUUUUUUUUCCAAGAGUGAUAUUGACCAGUUAGAAACAUUUCAUACAAUAUUUAAUUAGAAAUUACAGCACUCACAAGAAUAAAAACGUCAUUAUAUUUUAAACCAAUAAAAUGAUAUUUAAAAUUCUUUAAAUAAACAAAAAUAAACUGCAGGGAAUUUCAGAUGACCUAAGUAUCAUGUCAUUUUUUUUUUUACAGCAUUUUAUUUUUCUCUGUUCUUUUGCUAUGUUUGAAUCGGAAAUAAAAGGUCAUGUGGAACCUUAAAAAUUCUAAAUGCAAAAUACUCUGUCCCAUCCACUGUUUAAAAUCUUUUGUGCCUUGAAGGAAAUGUCAUAGGAAAAAAAAGGAAGGCUAAAGUCUGCAUAUUGGACAACCUCAUAGCAAUGAAUCUACUGUCAUUAAGAAAUGUUUAUAUCUUGAGCCAAAUCCUGCCUUUAGGCAUUUGUUUGACCUUCAAUGAAAUGUCAUGUGAAGGCAUAAUUUGGCCAUGGGCCGUAUACAGAUGAGAAGCUAUCCAACAUUCACUGUACAAUGUGCAUCCUGCUAUAGAAAAUGGACAGGAAGGGAGAAAACUAUGUAUGGUAAAAACGUUUGCAAUGUAUUAGGUACACAUUUUACUUUCAUUCACUAGAGUGCAGUAUAUUAUUGAUGUAAGUCUAUCUGGAAAUUCAACUGCUUACAGAGGGUCUCCUUUAUUGUCAGGAUUGAUUUUCUUGUGCAGACUAGGGUCGCAAAAGUCAAGAACUUCCUCACUUCUGGAAAAGGAGCAUGACUCUUUGCACUGAAAGAACAGCGGGUAGGGAGAUUGACAGUGAGACAAAACUGGACCCACUCCGUGUAGCACAGUGGCCUAUAUCAUCUUCAGACAACAUUCACUUGUCUGGUCCAAAUAAGCCGAAUGGUUUCUAGUAGAAACAGGUAAGGUGAGCCCACAGCGCAAAGUGAAGGUGGACGUCUCCACUGAUUUUGUUGUUCUGAUGUGUCUAGUAAAGAAGCCCAUCCUUUAUCACUUUCCAAAAUGACUACUUCUGCAUAUGUAAAGCAUCUUCUCCUAACUGUGUGCUCUAGCUAUGACCCAACUGAGCCUCUUGAGAUACUCUAGGGAAGUAAAAAUUACUGCCUUUAUCCUUUUUACUAAAGGAGAGCAUAGAAGACCAGUAGAGAUAGAUUAAUACCGAAAGCUGGGUUAUUGGACUAGGACAAAACUGUCUAGGUGUAAGGGAACAGCACACAUGAUUUGAGAAUCUUUUCUACUUAUUUUUCUUCUUAUUCUUGCUAAACUGCUAAUGAGCUAUUGAAAUAAUAUCCAUUUGCUGAAAUUACUCCAAUAAGAUCUUUUUUUAAAUACAACUUUUAUCCAAGUUUAAAUUGUGUAAAACUGCAUAGGAACUUGGAAUUUUAUAGUGCACACUCUCUUCUGUGUAUAUAGCACCAUGAGCUGUGUGAUUAGAGAUUUCUUCUUAGCUUAAGGAAACAUUAAGGGAGAUAGAUUUAAUAAACAACAAAGAUCAGCUUACGUUUUUACUGAUUGAGUCUGUUUUACUAUUUAGUAGGUUCUCCCCCUGUGAACAUGAACCAUGCUGUGUCUUUGUGUUAAUGAUUUAGUGUAAGUCUGUCCUGUACAUGCACAUCUUCCUUUAGAAGCUUUCACCAUAUGGAUGCUGUUUGUUGUCAUUGCUUGAUAAAAGAAUAAACCACUUAUGUUUUAUUGCUUGUGUGCUCAGAAAUAAUUUGGUGUGCAUGAUAUUUUAUGCCUCCAUAGGCUUCAGAGAUAAUCUGGUCCUCCAUGUUACUGUAAACACAAUGGUGAGGAAGGUCUUGGAAGGAAAAUGAAUGGAGGCCAAUCAUAGAAAGUUUUAUCUUAUCUUUUCAUAAAAUAUUAACCUUCCUAUAUUCUUUUGUUAUGGGUAUCCCAGCAGAAAAGACCACUAAGAUACAUUGUAUUGCCAAUUAAAAGUCGUUAUCCCAACUGGGCCCUAGGGGCCCUGCAGAGACUGAUACCUCAACCAAAGACCAUGCAUGGAGAGGACCCAAAACACCUGCACAGAUGUAGUUCAAAGACUCAGUCUCCAAGUGAGUUUCCUAGUAAGGGGAGCAGCUGCUGUCUCAGGCAUGAACUCAGUGCCUGGCUCUCUGAACACCUCCCCCUGGGGGCUGCAGCUUUGCCAGGCCACAGAGGAAGACAAUGCAGCCAGUCCUGAUCAGACCUGAUAGGCUAGAGUCAGAUGGAAGGGGAGGAGGACCUCCCCUAUCAGUGGACAAGGGGAGGGUCAGAAGGGGAGAGGAGGGAAUGUGGAUCCUGAAGGAUACCAGAGUGGGGGCCACAGCUGGGAUACAAAAUAAAUAAAUUGCAAUAAUGAAUAAACUUUUUUUUAAUUGAGGCAAUCCCUCAAAGACGUAACACACACACACAAAAGUUGUUAUUCCGACUGGCUGGGAUGACACUCAGGUUCUAGAAAACUAAGUAUAGGGCUGAGUGUUUAGAGUAGGGGGUUUUUAAAGUCAAUAACUAGAUUCUAUUAUCUUGCUCUGGAACUUUAUGGGGAGGCUUUGUGCAAACAAGCAGUUAAACAGAUGAUAAGAUAAGCAGCUGGGUGGAGUGGAAGGCUUCCAUAUACCAGAAAUUUAGUAGAGGCAAAGAUAAAUUUCCUGGGGUAUUUUGACCUCCUAAAUAAAGUAAGAGAAAUCAAAUUCUAGUCAAACCUAAAACGGUCUCAGCAAUAAUACCAGAAGGAGAAAUGGUAUACCAGGAGAAACCUCUACACUGUCCUGCUCUGUCACACCUUCGAUAUUCAGGGUUUCUUCCAAAACCUAUAUCCUGUGAUGUUUGUUUCUGCAGAAUUUCUCACUUGUAAAGGAAUUAUAUCAGAACAGUAGCUCAGAAGUAAACUCAAAAGCAAUACUUUUUUCCCCCAUAUAUAGAAAUGAUAGAUACAUUCAUUCAGCUUUAUUUCUUUCUGUAUUGGUGAGGAAAGCAGGGCCUCAGCUUUGUUAGACAAAUGUCCUAGCUCUUAAUGAUGCACACUCCCUCUGUGAGCCAUGUCCCCAAACUCCACUCUUUUCUUGUUUUGUUUUAUGUUGUGGUUUUUAUUUUUGUUUUGCUUUGUUUUGUUUUGAGAUAAGAUUUCUCUGUGUAGCCUUGUCUGUUCUGGACAAACUUUAUAGACUAGACUAGCUGGAACUCACAGAGAUCCACCUGCUUGUACUUCCUGUAGUGCUGGGAUUACAGGUCUGAAACACCUUCCCCAGCUCCUUUAUUAUUUAUUUACUUACUCAUUCAUUCAUUCAUUCAUUCAUUCAUUCACAGUACAUACUGAUUGUUCCUUCUCCCUCCUCUGCUCCCUGUACUACCCUCCCACCGUCUUCUCCCUUGCCCUUCCCCUUCUCCUCAGAAAAUGAGAACUUCCCCACCCCAGCCCGAUACCAAUCAUGCCUGCACAUCCAGUCAUAUCAGGACUAAACACAUCCUCUCCACUGAGGCCAAACAAGGCAGCCCAGCUAGGGGCAAGUGAUCUAAAAACAUACUUGGGAUACUAGCAAAAAGUAACAUGCUUAUGUUGCAAUUAUUUUUGAUAUAGACACUUCUUUCUUCAAAGACAGAGAGGGGAUAUCUAACAAGACAUCAGAGUCAUUCUGCAGAUAGUGACUAAAGCUGUAUUGUACUCUGCCAUUUCAACAGGCCUGUGCAAAAACUGAAGGUAAAGGAAAAGCAGGAUAAUCACUAGAAACCUGCCUUUCCAAGGGGCUGCAACAUCAGUGAGUGAAAGUCAGUAUAAAAUGAGGUUAGAACUAUGAAGAGAAUGAAAUGAUCAAUAGAAAGAAAAGAAAGGCAUGCACUGGAAGGCCCCUGAGUAAGACCAGCCAACAAGAAGUAGGCAGUUACUGGAAAGGCAGAAGAGCUAAAGAAAAGAAGAAGCAUAUGGUCAGAAUUUGAGAGGGAGACACAAACUAAAAAAUUUUUAAAUGCUGGACUAAAACAGAGCCUCAGCAAUAUUUUCAGGGCUGGUUUAUGCCUACGUUUGUAAAGAAUUUCCCACAUAGACUAUCCUUGGUACUAUAAUUGCUACUCCCUGCACAGUUCUUUCUCAAAUGUGUAUGGCUGCAUGGUGCCAGGGGUAGGACAGCUUAUCUUGACCUUGUCUUCUAUGGGUAGUAGCAUCCAUCCAUCCACACACACACACACACACACACACACCACACAAAAGCAUGCAUGUACACAUUCACACUAGUACUAAUGAUGAUGGUGGUGGUAGUAACAGUAGAAACAGAAAGAAUCCUAUUGAUAGCUAGUGUCACUUGACAACUUUAUAUUUUAAUGGAAUAAAAAUUUAAUUGGAUACAAUUUAGAGGAAGGUUAUCAAUUAGAUGGCUACUUUAAGAAUGCCAGAUUUUAGCCUUUAGAAAAUGAGAAUAAAAUUGAAAUAUGCAUGAAAAUAGGCUUUAUUAAAGAAUCAUAUCUGACAUGGCAUCUGAAUAAACAAGGGUCAUAAAAAGAGACAGAUAUGAUAGGCUUAGCAUGGGCCACCAUCAAAAGAACCUCAAAAGAUGAGAUGGAAGAAGCAGAUUUAGGGAGAGAGAACGAGCAUUAGGAUAAAAAAGAAAGAGAAUUCCAGUGUACAAUGGCUACUCCCGAGAAGUGUCAGCACACACAGCAAAUCUAUGCUGUUUCCAAGACUUAUACCCAUCUGAGUAAUUGCAUCUGCGUAAGGCUGACAAACUGUAAAAACACAAAAUUCAUUUCAGAACUUUAUCACCUGGCAAACGCACCUCCAGACUUUUCUUUAGAGACUUUUCUUCUAGGAAAUAAGAUAAUUCAAUUGAAUUUUAUAUUUGAUAAUUAAGUUUUUACAGGUUGAAACAAUGUGUUUAAUUAUAUCUGACAAGUUAUAAUAUUGCAUAAGAUUUUAAAAUAAGAAAAGUUUUAAGAACAAUGUUGUGUUCAUAAACAGUAAUAUGGGAAGAAACCCAAAGGCACAAUUGGAAGAGCUCACUCAGGUCUGAUGUUGCCUGUUGGGGUUAUUAUUUUUCCACAAGACAUUGCUUCUGAAAGGGUAAAAUCUUACUUCUCAAAUAUCUGUUUUCAUGCCUGCCACCUCCAUCCACAAUCUCUUCUGACCAAUUUCAUGGAGAAAUACAAUCUAGAAGUGAUAUCACAGGAAUUCUCAGCUACAUGUUAAGUAAUGGGGAAUGUUCCUCAUGGAACAUUGAGAAAAAAAUAAAUGGAAAAAUAAAGCCUAACCAUAGGAGUCAAAGGCAGUAGAGAUUGGGAGAGUGGUCACCACUUCCAGACGGGUUGCUAGAAGCUUCCAGCUUUAGCCACCACCUACCCAGUAAACGGCAAUACUUGACUAGAAGGCCGAAAAGAUUUUGGGAUGAGCUAGAAUAAAGAAAAGUUAGUGAGUUUAUUAUUUACACAGACACAUAUAAGAAAAAGGGUAGGAUAAGCCUCUAAGGAAUGAUUGUGGGCCACUCCAGAGUGGCAUUUAGUGUGUUUACAAUGGCUCUAUGUGCUGGAGAGAUGGAUCAGCCAUUAAAAUCUAGGCUCACAACCAAAACUGCAAUGGCUCUAUGAAUGAUAUUAUACCAUCUAGGUUUCCUUCCUCAAGAGAUGAAAUUUCCAAACAAGGCUAAAAGAGCAAGCAGAGUGGAAAAUUUAAGAAAAUUAAAAGUUAAAAAUGCAUGAGAUGGCUUCCUUAUUUAUUUGUCUUACAGACUAUUCUUUUGUAGAUGAAAUUGUAAAAUUGUUUUGAGAAGUGUAUUAUUUAGAAUAAAGAAUUGAGUGUUAAUAUGAAAAAAUUCAAGGUUGCAAACUUUCUGGCCCUGUGUAAGCAGAGGGAAUGUAUUUUAGUGUUCUUAUUUGAGAUAGCUUUCAGAAAACACAUUUUCUCUGUAGGCAAUCUUGGCUUUCUCAAACGAGCAACCCAGUGAAGGGAUGUUCGUGCACAGACUGCCUUAUCCUCUCCAGCAGGUGUUGUCACUUGAGUGUUUGAUCUUAGCCAUUCUGAUUGGCAUGAGUUGGGAUCUCAGAAGUAUUUUGCUUUGCAUUUCCCAAAUGACUAAGGACUUCGAGCAUUUAUUUAAGUGUUUCUCUGAUAUUCCUCUGUUGAGAAUUCCCUGUUUAGCUCUGUACUCAUUUUUUCUUGUUUUAAUUUUAAUUUUUAAUUUUUUUUAUUUAUUACAAUUUAAUCACUUUGUAUCCCAGCUGUAGCCCCUCCUUCAACCCCUGCCAAACCUGCCCUCCUUCCCUUUUCUCCUCCCAUGCCUCUCCCCUAGUCUACUGACAGGGGAGGUCCUCCUCCUCUUCCAUUUGACCCUAGCCUACCAGGUCUCAUCAAGACUGUCUGCAAUAUCUUUUUCUGUGGCCUGGUAAGGCUGUCCUCCUGCCCCGUCCCCCAUUUUUAAUUUGAUUAUUUGGUUUGUUAAAGUAACCCUUCUCCAUUGCUGGUGGGAGUGCAAACUUGUACAACCACUUUGGAAAUCAAUCAGGUGCUUUCUCAGAAAAUUGGGGCUAGCACUAUCUCAAGAUUCAGCUAUACCACUCCUGGCCAUAUACCCAAAAGAUACUCCACCAUUCAACAAAAACAUUUGUUCAAUUAUGUUCAUAGCAGCUUUGUUCCUAAUAGCCAGAAACUGGAAACAACCCAGAUGUCCCUCAACUGAGAAAUGGAUACAGACAUUGUGGCACAUUUACACAAUGGAAUACUACAUAGCUGUUAAAAAUAAAGAAAUCAUGAUAUUUACAGGCAAAUGGAUGGAACUAGAAAAGAUCAUCCUGAGUGAGGUAACCCAGAAGCAGAAAGACACACAUGGUAUAUAGUCACUUUUAAGCAGAUAUUAGAUGUAUAAUAUAAGCUAACUAUACUGAAAUCUGUAGACCUAAAGAAGCUAAACAACAAGAAGGACCCUAGGGAAGAUGCUUAAUUCUCAUUCAGAAGGACAAACAGAAUACAUGCCAGAAGCGGUAGAAAAGAGGGAACAGGAUGUCUGUCUACUAUAGAGUGUCCUCUGAUAGCCUUCACCCAACAGGGUAUCGAAGCAAGUGGUGAGGCUCACAGCCAAACAAUGGGAAGAGUACAGGAGUCUUAUGGGAGAAGGAGGGUGUUGGUAAUAGAAGAGCCCAAGGGGGAAGAAGCUCCACAAGUAGACCAACAAAACUAAAAAAAAAAAAAAAAAAGAAAAGAAAAUCUGAGCGCAGAGAGCCCUGCAGAGACUGAUGUACCAACCAAGAAGCUACAUGGAGAAGACCUGGACCCCUGCUCAGAGGUAGCCUAUAUGCAGCUCAGUUUCUAUAUGGGUUCCCCAGUAAAGAGAGCAGGGACCGCCUCUUUCAUGAACUAAAUUGCCUUUGAUCACUUGCACCUGGCUAUGGGGCCUUUCCAGACCACAGAGGAAGAGGAUCCAGGGAGUGCUGAUGAAACUUGAUAAGCUAGGAGCAGAUGGCAGGGGAGAAGAACUUGCCCCUAUCAGUGGACUAGGGGAAGGGAAUGGGGGAAGAGGGUGGAAGGGUGUGACUGGAAGUUGUUAAUAAUAUAUAUGAAGAAAAAAUGGAAAGGAAGAAAGAAAAAAAAGAAGGAAUGGAAGGAAGGAAGGAAGGAAGGAAGGAAAGAGGGAGAAGAAGAAAGAAAGAAAGAAAGAAAGAAAGAAAGAAAGAAAGAAAGAAAGAAAGAAAGAAAGAAAGAAAGAAAAGAUUGCUGUAUACUUGUGGCCGCUUUGAUGUUUCGUCCUAGAAACAUAGGCUGGCAAAGGGACAGAGAGUUCUGGAGUGUUGGUGUGGGUAAGGAAUUAGUAGAGGCUGCUUCAUUCCUGUCCACACAGUUGCCCCUUCCGGCACUCAGCAGCCCCUGCUCUGUGCCUCCUGUGGUAUCAGUCAAUCUCCAUGAGCAGUCCUGUCCUAGCUGUAGCCUAACCUUGCAAGUUUCAGAAGGCAAGACUUCAUAUUUCACUUCCUGCGUCCUUGAGGAGCCCUUACAGAAGGGGUAUGCAAACUGACAGCCUGGGAUCUGGACUAGGAUGUGAAUGGGGGAGAGCAGAAGGGAUGAGAGAGAUUGAAAUGGGACCCUGAGACAUGGAGAGCUGGGGAGAAACUGAAGAUCUGGUUAGGAAGGAAGGUCCAAGAGUGGGGAUACUCUUCACUCACAGGGGAAGCUAAAGUAAGUGGUGGGCUAACAUAAAGGACAUUUUAGGCUCCUAGGGGAAGUAAGUAUGCUCUCAAUUAGUCGCACAGUUGGGUUGGCCAUUCAUUCAGAAUAAAACCAAAAUCAGACCUCUCAUAAGAUGAACAGUAGGAAAACCAGGGUGUCUGCUCUUGCCACCCCAACUCAGUGUAGACGACGAGGAUGGCUCCUUGUCAUGACUUUUCCCCCAAAUCUUAACAGGACUGUGCAGAGGGUAUAUCCUCCUCAACUCUAAAGAGGCUCUCUCAAGAAGUCUGACCUACCUCCCCAAGGAAGGAUCCUCAGAGGCUUACCACCUCCUCCCUAAGAUUCUCCUUAAGAAGACUUCUCCCCAAGAGGAAAGCUCAUCUCAGACACUGACCCUAAGAGGACGCCUCAACAGGCCUGACCUUCCUUCCUAACCGGAAGUGAAUUCAGUGUACAGACUUACCUCUUAGGAGUGUCAGAGGAAUUAACCAAUUUUGUGUCUAGGAACAAAACAGUCAUUGCUGAUCUCUCAGGAUUCAUAGAGGAGUGGGGCUCCGGAUCUUCUGCCAGAGGUUGCUUCCUCUGCAAACUUCUCUCUGGCCUGCAAGGCACAGAGCGAGGCUAAGUCCCUGGUAGCAUGGGAAAUUCUGAUGGAGACCCUGAUGAAUUAAUUUAAGUGAGAAAGUUAGAGGUUACCACAUUUUAUUUAUAGUGAGUCUUGUAUCUGAUUAAAAGGAGGUUCAUGCCUGGGAAGGACUCUUGGGCAGGAUGUUUAGAAUUCAACACGGCAACAUCACGUCUGGUGCGGACUAUGGUCAUUACAAUAUAACUUUUGAUCUUGUAAAGCAAUACACAAAACCAAUCUCGAAAUACAGAACUAUUUUCACAUCUCACGACCUUUGCUCAGUAGAGAAGGAGAGCCCUUUGGUGCUGUAGAGCACUUUGUCAAGAGGAGAGAGAAGACAUCUGUUUACAGGCCAAUGUGGAUCCCACGGGACAGAGGUGCAGGGUCAAGCCAACCCGACAUUUCUUAAGCUUCUUCAGUACCAUGUUAACGUUAUACUUCUCAUCAGAUUGAUUUCAGAUGAGAAAGUCACAUGUUAUGACUGCUUGUUUUAUGUAAACCUACCUACCAUAUACUGUAGAGGUAUAUUUAUUAACUCAGCUGAACACCUACUGGGGUUUAAGUUUUAAUAAUUAAGAAAUGAGAAGAUAGCUGAUAGAGGAUUAAAUUUUAAUAUUUAAAUGUACGCCAUUAGCAUUUUAAGAUGCUUAUUAUUUCAAGAACUACAAUAUAAAUUUAUGUAAUUUGUAUUGAGUUAUAAAAUCUUAGUGUAAGUUUACAGUGUGAUUCCAAAUCUCAAAAAAAUCUCACCCCUACAUCCUAUAAAAUAAAUAAAAUUAUAAACUAAAAGAAAAAUAAAAAGUCUUUCUCUGUGGCCCCACACACAUGUGGGGAGAGCAAUUUAAUACCAAACUACAGCAAAUAAAUAAUAUGCAUUUAUAAAUGUACACAUCUAAAAUUACUGCUCUGCUAUUUUUAAAAUACUAAUACACAUUUUACAUUUAUAACAAACAAAUUCAACUCAGAAAAACAAUAUGAAAAAUGAAAGUAUCAAGACACUGAAAAAUUAAAUGUUGUAAUCACUUAGGUAGUAUAAAGAGAGAAACAAAUACUCACAUACUUUUAAACAAAUAUUCAGACAUAGUAUUUUAUAGCCAUCAACUUGAUACUCCCAGAAUGUCCUGACGUUGGUACUUGUUACAUGAAUGGAAACAAUGAAUGGCAGAAAGCAAAGUAGGUCUCAAGUAUCUCAGAAUGCAGAAUGGAAUUGUUACUUCUUGAUUUCAAAGAAAACUCCCUACUCAAGACAAAGUAAAACUGAGUCUACAAAGUUAUAAGGAACUUACAUGAGUAGUUGGCUUGCAGGUUCACUAGUAAACUAAUACCCAGUGAGGACAAGAACAUACUCUACUCUGAGACAGCAUGAAGAAAGAAAUACUUGUGGGAGUUUCCUAAAUUCCCGAAGAUCACGACUGGGAGGGCUCACAAACCGGAAAGGGUCAUGUCUCAGAUAUGUGGAACUUGUUUAAGGCCUCCACUACGUAUCCACAGAAAGAUCAGAGCAUGCCGAGACUAAGAAAACUAGCUUCCUUUUAUCAAGACAUGUUGUAGGAAACAGGCUUGAUCUGCUGACCCAGUUCUGCCCAAGGAAGCUGGGCAAGUGUGCUGUUAAAAUCUCUGUGAUUUCAUAUGUGCAGUGUUCUGCUGUGUCUGAAGAACAUAGGUUCCAAGAUGUCACCUAUCUCCUCUGGCUCCUACAAUCUUUCUGCCUUCUCCAAACAUCUUGGGAUACAAACUGGUUCUUUAAAUAAUAUCAACUGCUCUGCUGGGCUAGUUUGAAGUCUUAGGAGUUUAUAUGACAUGUUUCCCUUGCUAUGUUUUGCCAUGGCUCUCUCUGGAUACUGACUUGAUCUCUGAUAUACAGUGUUGCCCUGGUAACCUACCAUCUUUCUCUUAACUGAUUGCUACCAACACAUCAAUUUCUUUUGGAACAAACAGGCUCGAUCUGCAAUUCUCUUCAUGUGGUCCCUCUCACCAUGCUAACAAACGGUGGACACAAAUUUAGAGCUAGCAACCAUGGAGUCUACUCUGAAAAUGGAAACUCCUUUUUAUGACAAGGACAAUGGAGAACAAACAAUGGUCUUUGUCCUUCGGUAUUUGCCUUUCUGAGCCAGAAACCUUAAAAUUGAAACUAAAUUAUAUAGUAUCUUACCAGGUCAUCAGUCACUACCUCACCUAUAGCUCAGGUCUCUCUGGGGCAGUAUCUGGGCAGUACUUUCCUUUUCUCUUUAAUUUUAGUUUUUAACUUAUUUUAUUUGUUUUAUAUUUAUUUUUACUUUUAUUUGUUUUAUAUGUGUGUAUAUAUUUGUGUGUGUACAACACAUGUGUACCAUCUCUGAGACCACUUUUUCUUUUUUGGAAGGCUUAGUAAUAUGAGCUCUGGACUUCAACAUUUCCUCUUGCUUGAGACUGAGAUAAACAUGCCUGAACUACCUUUGUAAAAAAUUUUAAUCUUUUUUUAUUACACUUUAUUCAUUUUGUAUCCCCCCAUAAGCCCUUCCCUCCUUCCCCUCCUGCUCCCACCCUACCUCCCCUUUCUGCAUGCAUGCUCCUCCCCACAUCCACUGAUAGGGGAGGUCCCCCUCUCCUUCCUUCUGAUCUUAGUCUAUCAGAUCACAUCAGGAAUGGCUGAAUUGUCUUCUUCUGUGGCCUUGUAAGGCUGCUCCCCCCUCAGGGGGAGGUGAUCAAAGAGCAGGCCAAUCAGUUUAUGUCAGAAGCAGUCCCUCUUCCCAUCGCUAUGUAACCCUCUUGGACACUAAACUGCCAUGGGCUACAUCUGUGCAGGGGUUCUAGGUUAUCACCAUGAAUAGUCCUUGGUUGGAGUAUGAGUCCCUGGGAAGUUCCCUGUGUUCAAAUUUUCUUGUUCUGUUGCUCUCCUUGUGGAGUUUCUGUCCUCUCCAGCUCUUGCUAUUUCCCACUUCUUACAUAAAAUUCCAUUCACUCUGCCCAACAGUUGGCCAUCAGGCUCAGCAUCUGUUUUGAUAGUCUGCAGGGCAGAGGCUUUCAGAUGCCCUCUGUGGCAGGUUCCUAGGUUGUUUCCUAUUUUCUUCUUCUGGCUUUCAGAGGCCCUCUGUAGCAGGUUCCUAGGUUGUUUCCUGUUCUUCUGAUGUCCAUCCUCUUUGCCUUUUAGGAUGGGGAUUGAGCAUUUUAGUUAGGGUCCUCUCUUUUGCUUAGUUUCUUUAGAUGUACCAAUUUUAAUCUUUAGAUACCAACUUGCCAGCAAGAAUUCUUUGCUGCUCCAUGUAGAAUGAGCAAUGUGGGUGUUUUUGUUUGUUUGUUUAUUUUGUAAUUUCUAAAAUAUAACUUUAAUUUUGCUGAGAUUGAACUUUAAUUUUGCUGAGAUUGUACUUUCCUAAUUUAAUAAGUAUUUAAGUGUCUACUAAAUUGAAGUUUGGCUUAUUAUGUCAUCAUAGCAUUUGUCUUACAUAUAGCCUACUUACCGACCAUGAUUCUUAUCUGUUUGCUACAUUGCAUUCAGACAAGGGAUUGGUGAACAUACAUUAGGCAAUCAAUAAACAUACAUGAGAUGAGCAAAUGCUCGGGUUUUUUUAUUCUCUAUAUUUAACAUUUAGUGGUCAGGAACCCGAAUCUAGAGAGAUUAAAAAACUAGGGAAAAGCCUACUAGUACAAUUCUGUUCAAGAAACAUAACAAUAAAAUUAAGUGACAUAUAAUAAUUGCUCCCCCCUCAUCAGAGAAAAUUUUUUCUUGCAGUAGAUGAAAUUAACACAGAGACCCACAACUAAGCAAUGUACAAAGAGUGAGAUAUUUUUGUAACACUCGGAUGCACAUUUUAUGUCUUCAUUAAGCCCCAUCUCCUCAAGACUCAAGUAUUUAUAUAGAAUAGGCGGUAGAAAGUAAGAGCCAAAAGUGUUGUGUGACUACAAGGAAAAAGUAUUUCCCAGACAAAUAGAGCACAUAUGAAAUAGCAACAUGGUGAAUGUGUGGGUUUAAACUAGUCAAAAUCCAAGCACAGAGGAGAAACCGAGACAAUCUCUUCCUCCUAACCGAGGUACUAUUUGUUAUCAAUACUGGUUAGGAAAGAGAAGAUCAGUUUUGUACAGUGGAUUGUCACUGGUGCAUUAAACGUACUCCAGAUUGGUCCACACCCACUUAGAGUUGGUCAAGACAGAAUAGACUCCAUGAGGUGUUGUUUAUUAUUUUUGUGUGUACAUUUUCUUUUAUUUUGUUUGGGUGUAGUCUAUCUUAUUGAGUUUAUUUUUAACUUUCAAUUUGACUUCUCUCUCUCUCUCUCUGUGUAAGUGUUUUUAAGAGAGCUACAGAAAAAAUUAAAUUGGGUGAGUGAAGAGGAGUUGGAGGAGGAGAAACAAUAGGAUCUAAAUACAUGAAACAAACACUUAAAAAUAAAAAAGAAAAUUUAAAAGAUUUCUGGGGCUGUGGACCAUAGCAUGAUUGUUUUUUACUUUACAGGUAAUGUCUACUUAUAAGUGAGUACAAACCAUAUUUAUCUUUCUGGGUAUAGAUAAUUUUUUUCAUCCAUUUGCAUAAGAACGUCCUGGUGUCAUUUUUAACAGCUGAGUUAUAAAAAAAAUGCCUAAUCCACCAAAGUCCAUAUAGUUCUGGGAAAGUCUCUGAAUAUACUAAUCUUGCUUUUUAGCUUCUGGAGUUCUGCUUCUGGCUAACUGGUCUUGAUAACUGAAGUAUGUAAAAAUACAUGUAAAACAAGAACACUGUUUGUUUGUUUGUUUGUUUGUUUGUUUUUGUGCUUAGCAGCUCAUUCUGAGAAAGGCUCAUGACUACCAUGGGAACCUGAGCACACAGUAUAGUCUCAGGCUACCUACCAAAGACUUUUGAUUGGCAUAAGAAAAUAAAUAAAUAAAUAUUUCAAGUCAUUAUGACAAAAUUUAUACCUUGACUCUUAACUAUGAUAUAUAAAAGCAGCAGUACACUGAUGAUAAUUCGUGUUUAAUAUUUUUUGAUGUAGUAACAUAACUAGGUAACAAAAUUAUUUGAAUAGCUGAUGCAAUUUAAAAUUUUUUUUCUUUCUGUGUUUAAAUAAAAUUGUUCAUAGAAGUAUAUUUUUAUGUUAAAGACACUGUCUUAGUGUUGUAAAAGUCUAAGUUGAUCCCACAAUCUUUCAGGAUUUUGUCUCUAGAUUCAUUUCUUUCUUAUGUAUUAGCCUUCCAAAAUAGAGCUCAUUCUGAGAAAGUCUCAGGACCUGAGCACACAGUGUAGUCCCAGGCUACCUAUUAAUGACUUUCUAUUGAAAUAAAAAAUGUCUAUAAGAAUGCUCAUGUCUUUGGCUGCAAGCACAAAGCACACAGAGCAAACUAGAAAUGGCUUCAGUCUUCUGAUCUCGAAGGUCCCGCCCCUUCCCCAUCCUGCAGUGAUGUACUUCCUCCUGCAAGGCUGUGACACCCACCUGUGACAAACAGUACUACUAACUGGGGACCAAUUGUUUAAAUGCCUGAGACUGUGGGGCCACUUCUCAUUUGAACCCCUAUAAGAUUGUGUGGCCCUGUUAGAAGAUGCCUAAAACAUUUUCCUUGUUUGCUGCCAUAAGUUUUCUUCUUAAGCAUUUCUUUUUUUGUGUUAAAACAUCUUUUUUUUCUAAAAUAAAAUAACAUAAAUCCAAAAAAAAGAAAAAAAAAAGAAUGCUUAUGAAGAAUGUUUAUAAGAAUAUUUAUAAGAAAUAGAGGAUUUCAAAUGCAGACAUAUUAAUAUACUUUAGGAUGAUUAUUAAUAUUUCCUUACAUUAAUUUAUUGAAUUAAGUGUUAAAGAUAUAGCCAAUGUUAGUUAAGUUCAUUCUCACUGAUUGAUAAAGAUCUGUCUCUCAGAUCUAUUAAGAUCUUUGCAAACUCUCAUCGCAAUGUGUUAUGCUUAAAACUGUACAUUUGCACCUACUCUCUUCUUCUACAAUUGGCUCCUUUUGCCCUGUGUGUUUGCAUUAUUAUAAUAAUAUGAUAAAACAUUUGUCUAGUAAUCUAAUGAAAGUGUUAAAGAUGUGUCUAAUGUUAUUUAAGUGCAUUUUCAUUGUUUGAUGAAGAACUGUUUCUUACAACAGCUAUUAAAAUGCAUAAAACUGUG